GAGGAGAGAGGGCAGCAUCAGCAUGGCGCCCGCGCUGUGAGGCACUGGGCCGCGCUCCCACAAACACACUGCUCUCUGGCAACACCCCACCCCCCCCCUCCCCUUCCCUCACAAUUUAUUUUUUUUAAAGAGAAAAUGGCUUCUCACGACGAACCUGAGAAAAAACGGAUCCCGCUUACGAAGGAGGGCGAUCGGGAGAGGCACCCGAGCCACGAGAACGGAGCCGGAGCCGGAGCCGCCGCCAAGGCGAAGUCAUCGCUUCUCUUCCGAAACACUUGGAGAUCCAAACAACAAAAUGGCGAACAAGCCUCCGCCUCCGCCUCCGUCCCCGGGCCGCUCCGGGCCGACAUGGCUGCGGCUCCCAACCCUAGCGCUGCAGAGGGCGAGGAGCGCGUCCAUAAAACCGCCGAGGACCUUGUGCGGAAGAAUUUUCAGAUCCCCAAGAAGAACAAAGAAAAGAAAGAACUCUGUCAGCUAGUACCAGUGGGCCCCAGAGAAUUUAAACAAGACAUUUUGAAAAUUCUCAACACGAAUUGCCUGGAGCCUUCGUCGAGUGCAAACUUUACCUACAUGAAAGCUAGAUUGGUUCAUAACGAAAGACUAGAGAGGGAGUACGGGGAGAAAAGGAAAGAAAUGAGAAGCGAGGGCCGAGUUGAAAAGGAGUUGGCAGACUCUUACGCAUUCUUGCUGCUUGAAUCGUCGCAGGUUCCCACUAUUUGUGAGAAAGGAUUGUCUGUGGGAAAUUCCAAAGUAACCAUUCUUGGAAAUCCUGCAAUGGGUGUCUAUCUUUCGAAAUACUGUGACGUACUUCAGCCUAAUCCUUUGAUUAAUGGAAAGAAGGCGGAGAUAAUCAUUUUCAAAAUCAUAAAGGGAAGGGUAAAAGCUGUGUUUGACAAUGCCACAAAGAAUCUCACCCCUCCAACACCAAAACAUGACUGUCAUGUUUUUAGAAACCUUAACCGAGUCAUUUCGCUGUUCACGUACAGAGCGUUUGAUCUAACCCAGUUUUAUCUUUAUGAAUUUGGAAAUGAAGGCAUAAGGCAAUGCCCAAGGCACGUUUGCCCCUAUGCUGUGGUAUCUUUCAUUUAUAAGGAAAAUAAACUUCCAAAAACAGCCAAACCAGUUACACUUGGCAUGGAGGAGAUUUAUUCAGGGAAGUCUUACUACACCAUCUGGAAAGGACAGCUUAUGAUCAAAGGAAGAUUUCUGUGCUUUGGUUCUUUACAGUCAGCUACCCAGCCAUUUUUGCCUUUCAAAUUGCCUGAGAAACUUGAUAACGAUACAGUUAUGAGUGUUGAUUGCUUGAAAAACAAAAUUCCAGCGAUUAUAUUCCAAAAAAAAACUUUUACUGGAACGCGAGAAGUACUGAAGAAAGGAUUGUAUUAUAGCUUGUAUGAGCUUGUGGAACAAAGCAAAACGGGAAGGAAUUUGGAAACACUGCUUCAUAAACUAGAAGAGGAAAAACUAGUUCUUAUAAAACCCUUGGAUGAUCGUGGAUUUCUCUUUUUAUUUUCUCCGUUAGAGAUGGCAGAUAAUGAAUCUCAAAACUCGAAGCCCAAAUUUCUUCAAGCACUAUUUUUGUUUCCAGAGUCAAGGCUGAAUGGUGCUGAAGACAUUACGAGAAAUACUAAAUGUGUUCCGGUUGCACACAAUGACCCAGAUGCAAUACCACAACUUUCAACGAUUAUUCCUGCACUGCACUUUGCUUUGGAGAAAAUUCGGAAAGAACUGCCUAAUAGCUUAAAGUUAGUUACCAUAGAUGCAGCAUUUGAAAAUAAUGUAACUGACUACCUGAAGAAUUCUCUGCAAAAAGAAGCCUUAGCUGAAAACGGGAAGCUUCCACAAUUCACUAUUCCCACUUAUGAGGAGAAACGAUUUGCUGCAGUUAGGCAGAAGAGAACAAACCUGCCAAGAAUCUUGCGCUCUUACUUUUUUUACCCUUAUCGCUACCAGUUUGAUGUUUCUAAAGCUGCGGAGGUGUUAGAUCAAGUUCCAAGUCCUGAUACGGAGAUACAUAGUCCUCCUGUAUGUGCCGCAGGAGAGCAGGAAUCUAAUGACCCUGUACCAGAGAUUACUGCACAGCAACCAGCAAACCCUCAAGUAGAAAGCAUCGCAGACGCCAAUAAUUUCCCGGUGCCUUCUGAUAACAUGGCUGAUCAUGAUCCUGAUAAAAUCCAAGAGCUUAUUGACUUGAUUUACAGCAGGAAAAGGCAUGGCCCAGGGGAAGCGAGUGCAGUCAAUUUGGAAAAGCUUGCACAAUGUAUAUCUGUCAAAGAUGAUCUUGGAUUGAAAAGAAAGUUGGAAUUUGUUUCUGCGCAGAGCCACAAACAAAUGAAGACCACGCAAGGAUCAUUAGCAGAGGAUGGAUCAACAUUAUCUGAUGCAGUGCCUCAAACAAUGAAUGGACUUAGCUUUUGUGAUCCUGACUUAAGAGAGCAUGAUCAAGCCCCAGCAUUGACUGCAGACACUCAAAAGCUGGUUGGCUUGCUGCUUGAAGUACUUAAAUCUUCCACUUGUCCGAAUUCUGGAACAGACUUGGAGUUAAAUCAGGAAGUAAGAAUGUCUGUUUGUCCUAACACCAGUGACCUGCAACAAAACCGUGUGGAUAAUAGUGGCAAUGUGGAUAAAAGUAAUGCUUCAAUCAACGAGGAAACAAAAUUGAAGCAGCAGCAAAGUAGUGAUGGACAUGCACCACCAAAUGAAUCGACUAAAGAGGAACAGUCCCACAAAGAAACUGUGUUUGGACGUGAUAAAGAAAGUCCUGAAUUUGGUGACACUGGCUCUGACUUGCCACACAAUGACGGCUAUCAUUUAAAAAUAAAAACAUAUGAUCAGCCUUUUGGAGAACAUUCCUUGCAAAUAAACUUGACGGCAGAGUGCCCAGAGGAGCAAAGCUUGGGAUAUAUAAGCAGUCCUGGAAGAUGUAGUCCUUGUAGAGAAUCCAUCCAUGACCAACCACACAACAAGAAGAUGGCCACCUCUGAAUGUACCAUUGAUGGUGACAUUGACUGGAAACUUAUUCCCAUAACAGAUAUGAAAUCACGGAUUGAACAACUGUUCUAUUUACCACCAGAGGAUUCAUGCGCUGUUGAUCCACGGGUUAUAAAUCGGAAAUCAAACAUUAAUCAUUAUCAGUCGCCUUCAGAUUCUGACACCGGAAUAGGCAGUGCAUUAAAGGAAUAUUCGAAGAAUUUCCAUCACUCUGCAACUUAUGGGAUAAAUGGUCAUCUGUUUGGUCUCAAAGGCGAUUCGGCUACAGCAAUUGAAAAUACCGUUAAGUUAGAGUACAACAGAUUCUCAGACAAAAUGAAGCAGUUGUUGAAGCGGGAGAAAAUUCAAUAUGGACCUGACAACAAAAGGCUGAAAUUUCCUGCUGUACAGAAGGUUUCGAUGCUUUCCAAAUAUUCAAAUAGUCAAUCACAUCAGAUCCCUGUACAAAGUUACAUAAAUCAAUUACGCAAAAAAAUGAACUCGGUCAUUUCUGACGCGUGCCCUGAUAUCUCACGUACAAAUCUUCAUCCGUCAUCUUCUCCAGAACUAGCUGAGAGAAUGCAAAAAAAGGUUGCACUGAGUAGUGAAGUUGCACAAUUAUGCACAGAGUCACGGAUAAAAGACUUUAUGUGCUUAAAAGAAGAGCCCAACCAAUAUACCAAAUCCGUGUGUGAAGAACCAACUGCGAGUGAAGACAUUGGGGAGCCUGAGAAGAGUCCUGAAAAUAGUGCCUUGCUUGCUUGCAAUACUGAAUUACAAAAGAAGUCUGGACAAGCUAGUUUUUCCUUUGGCUCACUCACUGAUUCCAAUAGCGCAGCUCCAACGGGAGAGGAUAAAAGUCUGUUACGAGUUCCAACUCUGAGCUUUGGGAAGCAGCUGGAAGCAACGUGUUCUGUGCAAGAGUCCAGUGGAGUUGCAGCACUUCCCGAACCACAACCAUGUUUAACUAACUUGAUUCAAAAAUUAAACCCAGAAGUUUUCUGUAGCCUGGUUGAAAUUAUUAAGGAUGUUCAGAAGAACACGGUGAAGUUUUACAUUUAUGAAGUGGAGAAGACUUCAAUCUGUGCAGAAAUAAAGGAAUAUUUGACUGGAUUGGGUAAUAAGGAGAGUCAUCCAGAGGAGUUUUUGAAAAGACAAGACAGUUCUAUGGAUAAAUUACUGAUUAUUAUUCAGAAUGAAGACAUUGCAUCUCACAUACACAAGGUCCCAUUUUUGACGUCAUUGAAGAAGUUGUCCCGUGUCAGUUUUGCUGGAGUGGAUACAUUGGAUGAUGUGCAGAACCACACGUACAAUGAACUAUUUGUAUCUGGUGGCAUUGUCGUGUCAGAUGAGACCGUUCUGAAUCCUGAAACCAUUAGAUUUGAAAAACUUCAGAUAUUCCUGGACUUCCUCCAAGAUUUAAGCACUCCUGAAAGCAAAUGGAUCUGGAAAAUUCACUGCAAAAUGCACAAAAAGUUAAAGGAGCUAGCAAGGACCAAUACAGCAGCUUUCAAGAUUCUGACUCUUCUGAAUAAAUAUCAGAAAUGUAAUCUAGUGGAAGUUCUGUCAUAUCACGACUGUGACUCCAGGUCACGAAACACGAUUGAAUUAGACUGUUUAAUCAAACUGCAAGCUCAGACCAUGCAACAUAGACAUGUGGUUUUCCUGACGGAAACACACAUGGAGCGCCUUUCCAGUUGUUUGGAGUGUGGAGUGGUGGUGGCUUGUGUUAAUGACUUUGUGAAAAACUUCAACAGCCUUAUUGGCUAUCAUAGUUCAAACAUGGGGGAGAAACAGCAAAGAUUAGGAUCUCGAGAUAGCUUGCAAGGUACAUUUUCUUCCAACUCUUUGGAGUUGUUAGAAAUGGAAAAUGCUGAUGCAGAAAACUUGGGAACAAGUGAAGGAAACAAUGAAGAGGAGGAUAUGUCUUUGGACUCUGAAGAAAACUCACCACAGAUUGAAAUCUGUAGUGAGAAAAGUGAAGCUCUCAAUGUUACUAAUAUUUCACAAACUGAAGCACAGAGGACUAAAGGAAAGGUGAGCCCCUCAGAUGAGUCUUUACUGCAGGUAUCAGACGAUGCAGCUCCCAAACUAACUGCAGCCUCUUUGCAACCGUUCAAAGUAGACAGCACAGAUUCAAAAGGAGCAGCAUUUGCAUACAAUAGUUCCUUCUACACCCAUCCACAAAUAGAAUCAAACGACAGGAACUUUAAUGUCAUUACUCAUCAGAGUUUCUUAGCAAGUGGAAUUGAGCCAUCAUAUAUUUUGUCUCUGAACCAGAAUCGCCAAGACGCCGAUAGUUAUUAUUCACCUGGAUAUGAUCAAAAUUUAGCUUAUAAUAAAAACUGGGGAACUUCCUCGGACGCAAGCAGUGUACCGAGCCAGAGGCAACAACGAGAAAAACAGCACCAGUAUCAUUAAAUUUGGCAUCUUUGGUUAUCCUUACAAUGGAGAGUUCUGUAAAUGUAUUCAGGUUGAUUCCAUCCCGUUAUACCACCACUGCAUUUUCUUUUUCCCUAAUUCUUUGCUGGAUCCUGAAAGACUCUUGUCAUGGACUAAUAAACAGACAUAUGUUCUUUUAGUAACUUUGUUGUUUGAAAUAAAAACCGUUUAAUUCCUUUUAAAAUUUUCUAUUACAGUAAUCACAAUUCCUUAAAGCCUGCUGUUUAAAAAUUAAUCUUUAAAACUAAAAUUCCGAAAAAUCAAAAGCAGGUUUUCUUUUGUUUUGGUACCACAUUUCUGAUUUUUUAUAAAUAAGUCAUUUUUUUGAGAAUUUGUAUUUUAUUUGAGAAUUCAGGUCUUAGUCAGAAAUGUGGAUAUUGGUCACAGCUGCUCUGUAAUUGAUGGUCAUUUGUACUUGAAGAAACUGAGCAAAUAUCCUAGUUCAGACUGGACUGUAAGCUCUUUAAAACUUCUUUAUAGCAUGUUACAUUGAUGUUUGGUCAGUUUGUGAAUUAAGUCAUGGUUAUUGGCUCUUUGAUCUUCUUCAUGUUGUCAGCCUGAUCUAUAUAUAUACAUAUAUAUAGUGUAGAAUGCGUUAUUUCAUUAAAGAAUAUGUUUAAUUUUACAGAAAAAUGCCACAGAAAUAUUCUUGACUUCCAGUUAGUCUUUUGAUAUAGAUUUUAUUUAUUUUGUACAGCUGUUUCAUGAACCAUUAAUUUUUAAAAUCUUAUUCAUGUGGUUUACUCUUUAGUAAGUGUUUUAUUUAAUGGCCUUCAAACAGCACACUGGACUCAUUCACUGGGCAUCCAUUUACCUCAAUUUCAAGUGUAGAGCUUAUUUUGCCACUUGUUCAACCUUGCAUUAAAUAAAACACUUGCAUACAAAUUAACAAAUGUUUGUGUGUACCUGUUUAUAUCUGUAAAUAUAUAAAAUAAAGCUUUUUACUGUACAUUAAAAGUUUAAAAAGUUAAA